AUGAAUUCACCAAAUUGGAUAAAUAAAAAGGAAUUUGGUAAAUUUUAUAUAGAGCAACUUGAAGAUACACCAAGAAUCGCAUUACUUACAUUAAAUGAUCACGAAAAUCGUUUUAAUAAUGGUAAUAUUGAAAGUUUAAAUCAGUUAUUAGAUUAUGUCGAAAAUAAUAAUGAAAUUGGAAUAUUAAUAACAACAUCAACUGACCCAAAACAUUAUAGUUUAGAUAAUAGUAAUAAAGAUAAUUUUUUAAAAUUACUUUAUGAUAUGUCAAUAUUUUUUGAAAGAUUUUUAACUCUGCCAAUUGUAACUAUAUCAUGUAUUAAUGGACAUUCAUUUGGAGGAGGAGCAUUCUUUUCAUUAGUUCACGACUUUAGAGUUAUGAAUAUGUCAAAAGGAUUUUUCUGUGUAAAUGCAAUUCAAAACAAAGUGCCGCUUCCACCGGGAUUAAUAUCAAUAGCAAAAGAAAAGAUCUCGGAUCCAUCAACAUUAAGAAACUUUCUAUUAUUGGGUCAAAGAUUUGGUGGUACCGACGCAGAAAAGUUCAAGUUGGUCGAUAAAGCAUGUUCAAACUAUUUAGAAGAAUCUAUUACAUUAGCAAAAUCAAUAGACUCUAAAGAUAGGCUAACAUAUGGCUCUUUAAAAACUGAAAUUUAUAAAUCACUCUCAGAAAGCCUUAAGGAUAAAGAUUUAGGUGAAGCCUAUAAAGUUCAAGUAAUAAAAUAA